AGCUUACGCUCGUAGUCAUUCAGUUCGUAGUCUCGGUCCGAAGUGGUCGUGUUUUGCACCUUCUUAGUUGGUUGCCGCGUCCGUUUUGCGUACGUGCCGCUGAUAACUUCUCCUGUAGGGGACCCCGCCAAUCGCAGUCGUGGUCUUCGUGUGUGCAGUGGACGAUCGCAACGAGCUCAUCGUCAGGAAAAGAAGGAAUCCGAAAAAGAAGAUUGCCGGAUUUAAUUGCUCUUCAGCUUCAUUUGGACCCUUCCAAACCACGUCGUCGUGAUCCACCACCCGCCCUCUAAGCCAUGGACGCACAGACAGAGCCGGAAGUGCCCCCGGUGGUGGCGGCAACCGAGGAGCCCUUCCUGGGCCCGCUAGACAUUGUCCUGCUGCUGGUGCUGGUAGCCGGUGCAGCAUGGUACCUGCUCAAGAACAAAAAGAAGGAAGCCCAGACUAGUCAGUUCAAGUCGUACUCGAUACAGCCCACCGCCGUCAACACGAUGACCAUGGCGGAGAACUCCUUCAUCAAGAAGCUGAAGUCGUCCGGCCGACGGCUGGUCGUGUUCUACGGCUCGCAGACCGGAACGGCCGAGGAGUUUGCCGGGCGGCUGGCGAAGGAGGGCCUGCGCUACCAGAUGAAGGGUAUGGUGGCCGACCCGGAGGAGUGCGACAUGGAAGAGCUGCUGACGCUCAAGGACAUCGACAAGUCGCUGGCGGUGUUCUGCUUGGCCACGUACGGCGAGGGUGAUCCCACCGACAACUGCAUGGAGUUCUACGAGUGGAUCCAGAACAACGACGUGGACUUUACCGGGUUGAACUACGCGGUCUUUGGGCUUGGCAACAAAACGUACGAGCACUACAACAAGGUUGGAAUCUAUGUCGACAAACGGCUGGAGGAGUUGGGAGCAAGUCGUGUCUUCGAGCUGGGACUUGGAGAUGACGACGCGAACAUUGAGGAUGACUUCAUCACGUGGAAGGACAAGUUCUGGCCAGCAGUGUGUGACCAUUUUGGAAUCGAAAGUACCGGCGAUGAGGUGUUGACGCGUCAGUACCGUCUGCUCGAGCAGCCGGAGACCUCGCCGGAACGUCUGUACACCGGUGAGGUGGCCCGUCUUCACUCGCUCCAGACGCAGCGCCCGCCGUUCGAUGCCAAGAAUCCGUUCAUGGCUCCGAUCAAGAUUAACCGCGAGCUGCACAAGUCCGGUGGCCGUUCGUGCAUGCACAUCGAGUUCGAUAUCGAGGGAUCGAAGAUGCGCUACGAAGCUGGUGAUCAUCUGGCGAUGUACCCGGUGAACGAUUCGGACUUGGUGACCCGAUUGGGCAAGCUGUGCAAUGCCGACCUGGAUACGAUCUUCUCGCUGAUCAACACCGAUACGGACAGUAGCAAGAAGCAUCCGUUCCCUUGCCCAACGACGUACAAAACGGCGCUGACGCACUACCUGGAGAUCACCGCGCUGCCGAGAACUCACAUCCUGAAGGAGUUGGCCGAAUACUGCAGCGACGAAAAGGACAAGGAGUUCCUGCGGUUCAUGUCUUCCACGGCACCCGAAGGCAAGGCCAAGUACCAGGAAUGGGUUCAGGACAGCAGCCGUAACAUUGUGCACGUACUGGAAGACGUCCCGUCCUGCCAUCCACCGAUUGACCACAUCUGCGAACUGCUUCCGAGACUGCAGCCCCGCUACUACUCGAUCUCUUCGUCUUCCAAGCUGUACCCUACCACGGUGCACGUCACGGCCGUUCUGGUCAAGUACGUCACCAAGACCGGACGUACCAACAACGGCGUCGCUACGACAUUCCUGGCCCAGAAGAAGGUUAACGGAGAAUCGCUGCCGCGGGUGCCGAUCUUCAUCCGCAAGAGCCAGUUCCGGUUACCGGCGAAAACGGAAACCCCGGUCAUCAUGGUCGGCCCGGGAACCGGGUUGGCUCCCUUCCGAGGCUUUAUCCAAGAGCGAGAUUUCAACAAGCAGGAAGGCAAGGAAAUCGGCCAGACCGUCAUGUACUUUGGCUGUCGCAAACGGUCCGAGGAUUACAUCUACGAAGAGGAACUCGAAGACUACGUCAAGCGCGGCGUAAUCAGCCUGAGGACAGCCUUCUCGCGUGACCAGCCGCAAAAGGUGUACGUUACGCAUCUGCUAGAGGAAGACAUGGACCUGAUCUGGGAAGUGAUAGGAGUCAACAAGGGUCACUUCUACAUUUGCGGGUACGUACGCCGUUCAAACCGAAACCUCCAAACCUCCCGCUCACCUAUCUCUCUUUCUCUCUCUUCCUUCAGUGACGCCAAGAACAUGGCCACCGACGUGCGGAACAUUCUGCUCAAGGUGCUGCAAACCAAGGGCAACAUGAGCGAGAGUGAAGCCACGCAGUACGUCAAGAAGAUGGAAGCCCAGAAGCGGUACUCGGCCGACGUGUGGAGUUAAUCCGGUCGUCCGCCUCCAUCGUUUCCCCGCUAAUCGUAGUUCAAAGUACCAACCAAACGUGCGCGUGCGAUCGCGUGUUCCCAUUUUCCCCCGCUCCCAUCGCUGUCAUCCGCUUUUUCUCCGAUGUUCUGUCGCCUGGAAUACACGUGUCAACAGGCGCCGCAGCCGAUGCCGAUGGUCAAGGUUGCAUGCGGUACCAAAUCUAUCGGCUGCGACGCGAUUUUAUUACUUUGUGUUAACUUGUGGGGUUUCCUGUGUUUAUUUUUUAAAAUUUAUAUUCUCUAAAGCAAUGCUACAACUCACUCUUCUUAAGCAAGUGCCCGGAAGUUUUGCAAAAUUAAGAUUCACCACAUUAAGGGGAAGUAAUGAAAAAAUGGGUUCAUUUGUUAUAGUGAUACGUAUAAACAAUAGUUUAAUACAGCUUUGUUACAACAUAACAAGUAAACCAGACAAAAAGCAACACACACAAAAAUUAUGAUGCGACUGUUUUUUAUUAUUAUUUUUUCAUAUAAUAUUGAAUAGUGCUGGAUGUUUCGUUGAGAUAAGGAUAAGACAAAACAAUAAACGCGUGGCUGGAAGCGCACGUGGCAUGCGAGGCAAAUAAUAAUAAAAAUUGUUCAUAAUGUAGGAUCAAGAAUGAUGCAAUACACUAUUUUGGAGAUAUAUUUGAUGGUAGCAGUAACAAA